GUCAUAAUAUGCCAUGCGCUUCUGUUACGUUCUUCCUAGAGAAUCGAUACACCAGGCCUCACCUAUAACGAAACCUAUAUGGAUUCUUCGACUGCUAAUCAGCUUAAUCAAAUUGGAAAUGUUCAUUCAGAAUUCAGGCUGAGAUGUUUAUAAUUAUUCCUCUAUACAUCUAUAUUCAGGCCAUAAACAAUUCAACGAAAUGACGUCUGCGGACGAAUGUACGUAAUCAUUCAUACAGGAAACGAGAUAAGAAACAAAUGAGAAUUUAUACUGUUUUCCAAGACUAGGAUUGAUGUAAGUUGUCAAUAUUGCACCGGGUGUUCCAUUGGAAAAUGAACAUACGUCAACCAAGGGCGGUUUUUAAGUGAUCGAUGGAUUUGUUAGUUGCAUUGAUCGCAGUUUCUGAAAAAGCAGCCAACGUGGCCAGAUUGAUAAGGCAGAAUGGGCACCUGUUCGAUUUGUUGGUGCAGCGGAAGAAGACCAGCGAGUCCAAUCCGAGGUUCGUGGACGACUUCAAAACGUUGGCGGACGUCCUCAUUCAGGAGAUGGUCAAGCACGAUAUCGGGAAACAAUUUCCAGAACUAUCGGAUCAUAUAAAUGGAGAAGAAAAUAACGUGUUCAAGAACAAACUGGGGGAAACCAUCUACGUAGAAAUAAAGCCUUCCGAAAUAGAAACGUCGAAUUUGCUAGAAACAGUCCUAGAUGGGGACCAAAUAGCUGCUGCCCUGCUAUCAGCGGAAGUUCACAGGCAAAUAAUGUUAGGAGAAAUUGGGGUGACAGUGCCAGAAGACUUUACCGUGGAUAUGAACGAACUGGGAAUAUGGAUAGACCCAAUAGACUGCACCGGUGAAUACGUUUAUGGAAAUUUGGGUGAAUGCGAACGAAACAUCCAUUUGAAUGGGUUGAAAUGCGUGACGAUUCUGCUAGGUGUUUUCAAUAGAAUAACAGGAGUUCCUGUGAUGGGAAUUGUCAAUAGGCCGUUCAUUCUUCCAGAAGAAACCCAAUUCUCCCAGAAAUGCGUUUGGGGAGUAGAUCUCCCAAACCUCAAAAUCAAUAGUGGAUUGGAUCAGAAUUCCAGGCAACAUUUGAUAUGCAUCAGUGGAAGCGAGGCUGAUCCUAUCAAGAAGAGACUCAGGGAACAUGGAUUCAAUCUCAUUGAAGCCUCAGGAGCAGGAUACAAAAUUUUGACUGUUAUCUUAGGUCUAGCUGAUGCAUAUUUACUCUCGAAAGGAACGACAUUCAAAUGGGACACAUGUGCUCCACAUGCAAUUUUGAAAUCUUUGGGAGGCGAUAUAGUAGAUUAUAAGACAACAAUCACUACCGAAGAAAAUGGAGUUGUCGAAUAUUGUACAGGAGGAAGCAGCUGCAAUUCUAGUGGAAUAAUUGCAUUCAGAAAUAGUGAUAUAUUGAAAGAGAUCGUCGAUAUUCUGAAACUAUGAAUGUUUGAAUACAACAUUUUUCAGAUUGUUUUCGGAUUUGCGAACAAUGUAACGUUUACAUGGUGAUGCUGAAGAGUUCCAGAAACCAAAUAAUAUACUUAUUCAAGAUGAAUUCUGUUUCAUUCUUGUAUUAAUUGUGUACUGGAUAGUUAUUCAUUGAUAUUCAUUGAUAUGACGAUGUAUGACGAUAUACACUCACCGGCAAAAAAAUACGGCCACCAAAAUAAAUUCCAAUUUUCCUGUAACUUUUUUGUGUCUUGUCCGAUUUUGGUGAAUUUACGACCAAAUAUUAGAUUUAUGUUUCAAAGUGUUGCCUGAAUUUUGAUUCUUGGAA